UCCAAGGCCAAUGCUCCAUCAGAACGAUGCCCCUAGAACGCCGUGACCGGGAAAGCGAAGAUGUGCCCUUCCUGGCCUCCGACAGCCACCUGCCCUCCAUGCCCCAUCGCCAGAAUGACCUGGCCGAGGACUUCGACGACAAGUCCGUCGGCGAUGACGACCAGCCCAACGCGAUCGACCCGAACCUGCGACUGCGCCUGAUGGUCACCCUCUUCACCAUGAUCCUGGCCGUCGAGGUCGGCCUGGUGAUGGCCGGCGGGCCCGUCACUCGCAUCUACGAAUCCAUCGUCUGCCGCGACUACUACGCCCACUACGACCCCACGCAGAUCGCCUCCAACGGCCAGGUGGACGAGGAGCUGUGUAAGAUCAAGGACGUGCAGUCCGAGCUGGCCGCCGUGAAGGGAUACAUGGAGUUUUUCGACGGCAUCCUGAGUAUUUUCAUGGCCAUCCCCUACGGUCUGCUGGCCGAUCGACGCGGUCGCAAACCCACCAUCUGCCUCAGCAUCCCCGGUUUUGCGCUGAACUGCGCCAUCCAAUUCGCCGUGAUGUGGUAUCCCGACGUCUUUCCGCUGCGGACCGUCUGGAUCUCGUGUCUGUCCUGGCUGUUCGGCGGCGGUCCCGUCGUGGCCUUUGCCAUUAUCUGGACGAUGAUGUCCGACGUGACGACGGAGGACGAGAGGGCGGCCAUGUUCUUCAAAUUCGGCGUCGCCAGCAUGGGCGCCGACUUCGCCUCCAACGCCGCCAGCUCCUGGCUCAUGGCCAUGGACCCCUGGCUGCCGCUGUUCCUCGGAUGGGGCGUCACCAUCGUCGGCGUGUUCUGCGCGCUGUCCCUGCCCGAGACGAUGCACGCCUGUCCGCCUGCGCGGGACUCCGCCAGCGUCGAGCUCUCGCGCCUCUCCGACGGCGACCUCAAGCGCUCCCUGAGCAAGGAGCAAGAACGUCCGGAACCCCUGAAGGACGACGACGACGAUGACGCGUCGGACCCUCUCGUCGCGCCCGCCGACGCCUCCGCCGCCGCCCCGAAGCCGCCGCUGCUGACCCGCGUGCGCGUCUACCUGCGCAACUACGUCGCCCCGUAUACCUUCAUCUUCCGCAGCCGCCAGAUCAUCCUGCUGCUGAGCACCUUCCUCGUCUACCGCCUCAGCCGCGGCUCCUCCUGGUUCCUGAUCCAGUACAUCUCCACGCGCUACAACUGGACGAUCUCGCAGGCCAACUUCCUGAUCGCCUUCAAGCCGGCGCUCACCAUCCCGCUGUUCCUGAUCAUCCUGCCCGCCGUGUCGCGCCACCUGCUGGCGCGCAUGCCGCAGAUCCAGAAGGACCUGACGCUGGCGCGCAUCAGCAUCAUCUGCCUGGCCGUCGGGACCCUGGGCAUCGGCCUGUCGCCCACCAUCGCCACGCUCAUCCCCAGCCUGCUGCUGCAGACCUGCGGGUCGGCGUUCGUGUACCUGGCGCGCUCCCUGAUCACGACGCUGGUGCACCGCGAGGAAACGGCGCGCCUGUUCACCGUCAUCGAGGUGCUGCAGUCCGUCGGCAACGUCAUCGCCAGUCUGUUGAUCACCGGCGUCUUCCAGAUCGGCCUGCAGCUGGGGGGCAUGUGGAUCGGGCUGGCCUGGAUCAUGACCAGUCUGGCGUUUAUGGGGGUGGGCGUGUCGAUUUGGCUGUUUCGGUUGAAGAAGGACAAGGAGGAGGGAGGCGAGAGGGAGGUAUGA